GGUCGGCGCGUCGCAGUCAGCAGCAGUCAGUGCGUGUUGGUGCGUACUCGUGCGUGCUAUAAAUGUGUCUUCGCCGACCCGCUCGUCCACCCGUUGACGUCGACGGGUUCCGCCGUUUAGAAAAAAAAAAAAAUUCUCGGAGCAACGCGAGGUAUCUACCCGUGUGAAAGCAUCAAGCGAGAGGAGUGAGAGGAAAGGGGAAGCAGCGCAUCCCUCGGGCGAGAGUGAAAGAACGGUAAAAGGGUGAGAGGAUCCGUGACGUGACGAGUCUCACGUCCGCUGCGUGAUCAGCCUCGUGACAUGAGAGCCGCACACACCGACGACGAUAUAACUGCCGGGGCGACGGCGACGGCGACGGCGACGUGGACGACGGCGGCGUGGACGACGACAACGACGAGGGAGGGUGCAAGCGAGUGAAUGAUGUACUGCACGACGCUCGGGAGAUGCUUUUGCAGGAGGGACGCGGUGAGGGCCCUGAGCACCGGCGAGGUGUCCACCGCGCUGCGGCCGUUUUACUUCACCGUUCAUCCCGACCUGUUCGGCCAGUAUCCCACGCAAAGAACAGUGAAUGAAAACUCUCUGAAGCAAUUAAGUUCAAUCUUAGAAACCCUGCAACAGAAGCAACCUAUACGGCCGACGACUUUGCCCUUUUACCUACGAUCGAAAGAUGAGAAAGAUGUAAAGGCUGGUAAAUUUACGCUUGUUAAAAUACAAUUGAAAGAAAAGGAUCUGAGACAAGCGAUACUUUCCAUUUUAAAAACAUGCGAUCUACCUACGACGUUUGUUGACAAAAUCGAGGAGCAGAAGCCUCCUGUCACAAAGCACAAAUCCAGAUUUUGGCAACGCGCAUAUUCUGGAGAAAAGAUGGACUUUUCGGAAUUGGAAGACGAUCCUAUUUAUGCUUCGAUUAUUAUGAAACGCAAGAUUAAUGCAGAGCCAGAUACGCUGAAGGCAUAUCUGGACAAACACAUCAAUGAAGUACAUGUUAAACUGGAGGCAUGUAGACCAGUAAGAGAGGAGGUGGAGAAAUUGGAGAAAGUACUGUGCAGCGAGUUGGGUCUGAAGGAUAUCAUAUGGGACUGUGGUUGGAAUAUCGCCCAUUAUCGUGGUUGUUUAUUAGCCUUUCAAGCGUUAGCCGAGCAUCAUCCGGAAUCGAUGGAGGUAUUGAGAAAUCGCACUCUCGUGUUCGCAAACGACACUGGUAUCAGUUUAGAAGGCAAUGUUAUGCUGAAUUCUGGGGAAGUCAGGCACAAUUGGCUCGACCUAAUAAAGAAUGUAAGAAAGCAUGAUGUCGUGUUGUUGAAAUUGCCGGCGUUUGAAAAAGCAGUGUCCCAAGUACUUCUCGACAUUAAAGUUGGUCGACGGGUGCUCUAUAUGUGCAGGAAAUUCAUGCCUAAGGUAAUGGUCGGCCAGUAUGAGCAACAGCUACGACAACUCACGACUACGCUCUCUGAUUAUCGUGGCAAAAGAAAGUAUCCGAGUUCUUGGCCGGCUAGUCUAUCAACUUACGAAAUUGUCAUCGAAGCCGAGGCAGGUCCUUUGAUGUUAUCACCGACCGGACAAUUCAUCGUGCCAUCGUCGUGCCCAAGCUUUCUCUUGGUAAAUUUUAUUACGGAGAACUUAGAGGAGGCUAUGAAAAGGCUAUAUCACUAUAAUAACAUAAAGCAUGUGGAGCGAGAACUUCAUCGUAAGACCAUCGCAGAAUUAGGUUUAGCUGCUCUUAACAAAGACGACAGCAUUACUCCGGAUCUAAUGAUACAGUGCUGCGAACGACUACUUCUGCACAAAAAGGAUCUGGCACCAUCGCUCGAGGGCGUCAUGCUCUGGGUUACUCAUUAUUACUCCGUCAUGAGCGACGGCGUUCUUUGUGUGCCAUGGGAUUGGAGGUUCUAACUUUCGACAAAAAACGAAAUAUGUUAACGGUUAUUGUUAAGCCACUAGCGUAAGCGCAACGCCAAUAAUCACGACAAUGCAAAUAAGUUUUACAAGUUCCGAGAUUUGCAAGAUGCAAACGAUAGUAGCAGUUUAAAACCGGGAAUUAACUGCAUAAGCUAAACUAUUAUGAUAGAUUGCAUUAUAACAGUCAUACUCUAUUAAAAUAGUUACCUUGUGUCACACAGAUUUGAAUAAUAUAAAUUCGUCGGAACGAAUUUAUAUUACUUGCGUUAACGUCGUCUCUAACUUCGUGACAGUCAAAGACAGAUUUCUCUGGAAAUGGCUGUUUCAUGCGUGAUCUUUUUUUUAAAAAAAUAAGAUAAGACAAUUGGAUAGAUAAAUAUACAAACUGGGACUGUUGUAGACUCUUAACUAGUCUUGCAUAAAUCUUAGUUUAGCUAGGGGCUCGAUGCUAUGCGCUGUAGACAACUGUACACAUAUAUAUUUUUUUAAUUCGAUUCUAUAUCGACUCAAUUGUCUAAAUGUAUAAUCUACGAUUGUGUCCAAUCAAGGACAAGAUUAAAUCAGAUUUCGCAAUAAUUGACGUUUAUACACAUCUGAAAAUGUA